AUGUGGCUAACAGGUGUACAAUCUCAUAGAUUGAAUUGCCCGAUUGCAGACUUCACAUGCAGCAACUCAUCUGCAUCUCAACUCUCAGGAUCGCAAUUCGCAACCGAUCCUGGCCGUUCAUUCUGUCUUGGGCACCAGGAGAUUAGUCCAACCCGCGCGCCAUCUGGUGGCAUGGCGCGACACCACCACCACAGCCACCACCUCGUCGCGCACCUCCGCGGCUCCGCGCCGCUCGCCGACCUCCUCCGCUCCGCUCCCACGCUCCCUGCUGCCCGCGCCACGCACGCGCGCGCGCUCAAGUCGUCUUGCUUCGGCGAAACCUUCCUGCUCAACACCCUCGUCUCCACCUACGCGCGGCUCGGCCGACUCCGCGACGCCCGCAGGGUGUUCGACGGGAUACCCCGCCCCAACACUUUCUCCCACAAUGCGCUCCUCUCCGCCUACGCGCGCCUGGGACGCCCUGACGACGCGCGCGCGCUCUUCGAGGCCAUCCCCGACCCGGACCAGUGCUCCUACAACGCCGUCGUCGCGGCGCUCGCGCGGCACGGGCGCGGCGGGGACGCGCUCUGCUUCCUGGCCGCCAUGCACGCCGACGACUUCGUGCUCAACGCCUACUCCUUCGCCAGCUCCCUGAGCGCCUGUGCCACUGAGAAGGAUUACAGGGCCGGGGAGCAGGUGCACGGCCUCGUCUCCAAGUCGCCGCAUGCAGAGGACGUGCACAUUGGGAGCGCGCUUGUGGACAUGUACGCCAAGUGCGAGCGGCCGGAGGAGGCACGUAGGGUGUUCGACGCAAUGCCGGAGCGGAAUGUUGUUUCCUGGAACAGCUUGAUCACUUGCUAUGAGCAGAACGGGCCAGUGGGAGAGGCUCUUGUGCUGUUUGUCGAGAUGAUGGAUGCUGGUCUCGUUCCGGAUGAAGUGACGUUCGCAAGUGUCAUGAGCGCGUGUGCGGGCCUCGCCGCGGAGAGGGAAGGACGGCAGGUCCAUGCUCGUGUGGUGAAGUGUGACAGGUUUAGGGAGGACAUGGUGCUGAACAAUGCUUUGGUGGACAUGUAUGCAAAGUGUGGGAAGACAUGGGAAGCAAGGUGUGUCUUUGAUUGCAUGGCUUCCAGGAGUAUUGUCUCGGAAACAUCCAUGCUCACUGGGUAUGCAAAGUCUGCGAAUGUGGAAGAUGCUCAGGUGGUGUUCUGGCAGAUGGUCGAGAAGAAUGUCAUUGCUUGGAAUGUGCUCAUUGCAGCGUAUGCACAGAAUGGUGAGGAGGAAGAAGCGCUUAGGCUCUUUGUCAGGCUGAAAAGAGAGUCAGUUUGGCCAACACAUUACACUUAUGGCAACAUCCUUAACGCCUGUGGGAACCUUGCUGAUCUUCAGCUUGGUCAGCAAGCUCAUGCGCAUGUCCUGAAAGAAGGUUUUCGCUUUGACUUUGGGCCGGAGUCUGAUGUAUUUGUUGGGAACUCUCUUGUAGACAUGUACCUGAAGGCAGGUUCCAUUGAUGAUGGUGCGAGGGUGUUUGAGAGAAUGGCAGCCAGAGAUAAUGUUUCGUGGAAUGCAAUGAUUGUUGGUUAUGCGCAAAAUGGCCGUGCAAAAGAUGCACUACAUCUUUUUGAGAGAAUGCUGUGCAGCAAAGAGAGCCCAGACUCUGUCACCAUGAUAGGGGUUUUAUCAGCUUGUGGCCAUUCUGGAUUGGUUGAGGAGGGCCGGAGAUACUUUCAUUCCAUGACUGAGGAUCAUGGGAUAACUCCAUCCCGAGAUCACCACACAUGCAUGAUUGACUUGCUCGGUCGCGCUGGCCAUCUGAAAGAAGUUGAGGAGCUCAUAAAGAACAUGCCAAUGGAGCCUGACUCUGUGCUCUGGGCUUCUCUGCUAGGUGCUUGCAGGCUGCAUAAGAACGUUGAGAUGGGGGAAUGGGCAGCUGGGAAAUUGUUUGAGCUUGAUCCUGAGAACUCUGGACCCUACGUUCUUCUCUCCAAUAUGUACGCUGAGAUGGGAAAAUGGGCAGAUGUUUUUAGAGUGAGAAGAUCCAUGAAAGACAGGGGUGUCAGCAAGCAGCCCGGCUGUAGUUGGAUUGAGAUAGGCAGGAAAGUGAAUGUGUUUCUCGCACGAGAUAAUCGACAUCCGAGCAGGAACGAGAUAUGUGAUACCUUAAGAAUCAUUCAAAUGGAGAUGAGCAGGAUAAAUGUAGACGCCGAAAUUCUUGAUGGCACGAUUGAUUACUGCCUCUGAAACA